UGCAGAAGCGGCAGGAAGCGGCGAAGAGACGAAACGGCGGCAUGGCGGGAGCGCGCGGCAGGGGCGACUACGCGGAGGAGCGAGAGAAGGCGGCGGCGUUCCUGGAGGGCUUCCAGCGGAGCGCGGCCGGGCGGCAGCCGCAGCACAAGGAGCAGCGCCCCUACUGCGCCCAGCUGGAGGCGGUGGCCCAGCGGGAGCGCGCGGCCCUGUGGGUGGACCUGGAGGACGUGGCCGAGGAAGACCCGGCGCUGGCCGAGGCCGCCUGCGAGAACGCCCCGCGCUACCAGCGCCUCUUCGCCGACGCCGCCGCCGAGCUGCUGCCCCGCUUCCGACGGGGCGAGCCCGCCCGCAAGGACGCCCUGGACGUGUACCUGGAGCACCGGCUGCUGCUGGAGGGGCGCGCGCGGGAGCCCGGCCAGCCCCGCGAGCCGCAGAACCGCUUCCCGCCCGAGCUGCUGCGCCGCUUUGAGCUGUAUUUCAAGGCUCCUGUGGGCACCAAGGCCCGGGUGAUCCGGGAGGUGAAAGCUGAUUCAAUUGGCAAACUGGUGACCAUCCGCGGCAUUGUCACCCGUGUCUCCGAAGUGAAGCCUCGUAUGGUGGUGGCGACAUACAGCUGUGACCAGUGUGGUGCAGAGACUUACCAGCCGAUCCAGUCCUCAACUUUCAUGCCUCUCUUGAUGUGCCCAAGUCGCGAAUGCCAGACCGACCGAGCAGGGGGGCGACUCUACCUGCAGAGCCGUGGUUCCAAGUUCAUCAAAUAUCAGGAGCUCAAGAUACAGGAGCACAGUGACCAGGUGCCAGUGGGCAACUUGCCACGCUCCAUCAAUGUAAGCGUGCAAGGGGAGAAUACACGUCUCGUGCAACCAGGAGACCACGUCAGCGUCACCGGAAUCUUCCUUCCUGUGCGACAGACUGGCUUUAGGCAGCUCUUGCAGGGUCUCCUCUCUGACACAUACCUGGAGGCUCAUCACAUUGUCUGUGUGAGCAAAAGCGAACAGGAGGAAGUAGGGGAAGGGGAGCUAACCGAGGAAGAGCUCCGCCAAAUUACAGAGGAGGACUUCUAUGACAAGUUGGCUGCCUCUAUUGCCCCGGAGAUCUACGGACACGAGGAUGUCAAGAAAGCCCUGCUGCUUCUGCUGGUGGGGGGUGUGGACCAGAACCCCCGGGGCAUGAAGAUACGUGGGAACAUCAACAUCUGCCUUAUGGGGGAUCCAGGGGUAGCCAAAUCCCAGCUGCUCUCCUACAUCACGCGCCUGGCACCACGCAGCCAGUACACGACAGGGCGGGGGUCCUCUGGAGUGGGACUGACAGCUGCUGUGCUGCGCGACCCGCUGACGGGGGAGCUGACUUUGGAGGGGGGAGCGCUGGUGCUGGCUGACCAGGGUGUCUGCUGCAUCGACGAGUUCGACAAGAUGCUGGAGUCGGAUCGCACAGCUAUCCACGAAGUGAUGGAGCAGCAGACCCUCUCCAUUGCCAAGGCGGGCAUCCUGACCACACUGAAUGCCCGCUGUGCCAUCCUGGCAGCAGCCAAUCCCGCCUACGGACGCUACAACCCCAAGCGGAGCCUUGAACAGAACCUCCAGCUCCCAGCCGCCCUGCUCUCCCGCUUCGACUUGCUGUGGCUGAUCCAGGACCGGCCCGACCACGACAACGACCUCCGGCUUGCCCAGCACAUCACCUACGUGCACCAGCACAACCGGCAGCCGCCCUCCCAGUUCCAGCAGCUGGACAUGGGCCUCAUGAGGAGAUACAUUGCCAUGUGCAAGCAGAAGCAGCCAGCUGUACCGGAAUCGCUGGCGGAUUAUAUCACAGCCGCCUACGUGGAGAUGCGGAAGGAGGCCUGGGCCAGCAAAGAUACCACCUACACUUCAGCCCGUACCUUGCUGGCCAUCCUGCGGCUGGCCACGGCCCUGGCACGGCUGAGGCGUGUGGACGUGGUUGAGAAGGAGGAUGUGAACGAAGCCAUGCGUCUCAUGGAAAUGUCGAAGGACUCCCUGGUUGCAGACAAGGGACAGCCAAGCAGAACCCAACAGCCGUCCGAGCUGAUCUUUGCGGCCAUCCGGGAAAUGGUUCCAGUUGGGGGGGUCCGCUCCGUCCGCCUGGCAGAGGCCGAGCAGCGCUGCAUCUCAAAGGGCUUCACACCGGCUCAGUUCCACGCGGCGCUUGAGGAUUACGAAGAGCUGAAUGUCUGGCAGGUGAACCAGCAGAAGACCCGCCUCACCUUUGUUUGAUGCUGCCCUGAGGGGGGCCACCGGCUGUUUUCCCAGAAAGAGGCCUUUUACUCCACUUUUUAAAACAGGAUUUAAUUUUUCCACAAUAAAGAUACAUAACAAUC